CCGGCUCCGGGGAGCAAGAGCGGGCGGAGGGGUGUUUUUUUAAAGCUACAGGACCCGUUUGCGGCCGCCCCGCUUUGCUAGCGCCGCGUGUGUGCGUGUGUGUGUGCGCGCUUGUGUGUGUGUGUGUGCGUGCGUGUGUAUGUUUUGUUUUGCUCCGCUCCAGCAUGGGCAGCGCCGGCGGAGCCCCGCGGCCCGGGGUGCCCGCGCUCCCGCUGCCCCCCCGGCCCCGGCUCUGAAGACGGCCCAGCCCCGGCGCGGCGGAGGCAGCGCGGCUCGCUCCGCGCUCCCGCAUGGAGGGAAGAAGCAUGUCCCGUCUGUCUCUAACACGGUCCCCGGUUUCUCCUCUGGCUGCUCAAGGAAUUCCUCUCCCAGCUCAACUCACCAAGUCGAACGCUCCCGUGCACAUCGAUGUAGGAGGACACAUGUACACCAGCAGCCUGGCUACCCUGACCAAGUACCCAGACUCCAGAAUAAGUCGUCUGUUUAAUGGCACAGAGCCUAUUGUCUUGGACAGUUUAAAACAACACUAUUUCAUUGAUCGAGAUGGAGAAAUUUUCAGAUAUAUAUUAAGCUUCCUAAGGACAUCUAAGCUACUGCUCCCAGAUGACUUUAAGGACUUUAAUCUUUUAUAUGAAGAAGCAAAGUAUUACCAGCUGCAGCCAAUGAUUAAGGAACUUGAGCGAUGGAAACAAGAGAAAGAACAAAGGAAACAUUUCCAGCCUUGUGACUGCUUGGUUGUAAGAGUGACUCCAGAUCUGGGGGAGAGAAUUGCAUUGAGUGGGGAGAAGGCUUUAAUAGAAGAGAUCUUCCCAGAGACUGGGGAUGUCAUGUGCAACUCUGUAAACGCAGGCUGGAACCAGGACCCAACCCACGUUAUCAGGUUUCCCUUGAACGGAUACUGCCGGUUGAACUCAGUGCAGGUGCUCGAAAGAUUAUUUCAGAAGGGAUUUACCGUGGCAGCUUCCUGUGGUGGUGGGGUGGAUUCCUCUCAGUUCAGUGAAUACGUGCUGUGUCGCGAAGACAGACGACCACAACCCACCCCAACAAUCAGAAUAAAACAGGAGCCCCUGGACUAGACCCUCCCUGUACCCCCUUUGUAACCGUAGAAGUGUUUAAUAGUCCCUUAUGUGAAACGCUAAGGAUUUGCAAAACAGUAUUAGCAAACAGACUUUGACUUUAUGUUGCCAAUAGUGGUAUUCUGAAACUACCUGUCACAUAGCCAGCCACGAAAUGCAUUUGAGAAGCCAGUUGUCCGUUCGUCACGGUGGAGUUCCCGGGUGCUCAGCACAGCAGGUCUCUGGGAUGGACUUUGGGCUCAACAGCACUGCUGUGGAACAGGCAAAGCUUUCUAACCCCCUGACCCUGCACUGGACUGGACUUCUGCAAAGACCAGUUAAAGCAGUGGGAUGGAUCAGCAGGAGCUGUGGUUCUGCCAGCCUUCCCAGGGACACCCCAGUGCUGUGACACGUGGACGUCUGUGAGAGGAAGAUGGAACGCUAAAAACUGCACUGAGACUCUUCCCUGACUGCCACACCUCCAUAUCAGACGUGCUUUACACCUCCAGGCACCACGGGGCACCUCUGUGAUUGUACUCACCCACACUAGCAAAUGGCUUAUUUUUAUACGACAUUUCCAACUGAAGUCUCUCUCUGUGGACAGGAUCCAGAAUCAGAAAAGGACCGAUUUAUAGUCAACUGGUGCUCAGUAGUAAAAACCCCACACAAACCAAACAAAAAAAGUGACAAAAAGUUAGACAAGGCCGAUUUUUGCAACAGUAGGGAUCUGGAAGCACAAAAUAAAAUGCCAUCCACCAUCACACAAGGGUCACAUACCCGACACGGAGCUGUAGCUCUCUUAAAGCCAGUCUUGUUUUGACACAGAAACUGUUUAAGUUUUGCAUCAUCAAAGAAACGUGGUUCUGCCAAGCAAGCUCUGCCACCCCUCGUUAAUCAUUUACUAACCAUGUUAGAAGCCCACAUUUAGGAGGAAAGUGUAAGAAUUUUGGACAGGCCUAACUCUUUAUGGGUCUGGAAUUCUUGCAAAGAGCUGUUAAAACCCUGUACUGCCACUGUCGGAUGAAAGCAGAGGCCGCCUUUGGUUUAAAUUGUUUUAUUAAUUUAAAUUAUUAUUAAAAUAUUAGUUCUGUAGCCGCCCUCUAUCUGUGUACCUUUCUCUGUAACGAAGUCAGGGGUCUGCAGGAGGGUCCUGCUACUGCCAGGAAUUGGCAUCGACUCCCAGGGCUCCCUAACUCAGGAGACAGCGCCGCGUUCGCAGGUGCGAGGUUAUAAAUAGCAUUCUGCGAAAUCCUGUUUGGUGCUGUUCAGCAUGAUUGGGUCCUCAAUAACUAAUUCAUGUGUUAAUCACAAUUUAGUUUCUCCCACAUUAAUUUAUAGAAUACUGUUGUAGAUGCUGAAUCUUAAUUAAACUCUUUUUAGAUGCGGCCAUAUAGAACAAGGGAGAGAGUAUUAGGUGGUCGACAGUUCUUCAGUGCCAGUUGGUUGCAAUCAGGCAAAAUUUAAAAAGUCACAUUUAAGACUAAUAUUUUCAAAAGCGAUGAGCUGUACUGACUAUCCAAGGAACAAUCUAGGCAGGGGUCUUAUUUUUGGAAAAGGGCUGGAUACCUGUCCAUGGAAAAUCAGACCUCUGCAGGUUUCCUCACCUUGGUCACCCAACUCAGAAAUCUCUAAUGGCGAUCCUGGCCGGUUGGCCUGCUACCUUAGCAGAACAGUUGAGCAAAUCUGUCUACUUUAAGAGUUGUAAAGUUAUUUUAUUUUGUGGUUUUAUACUUGUACGACAUUCUAAAGUCGCUAGGCAUUGCCAUAUUUGAAUAUAUGGCACAACAUUCACCUUUGUAUGUAAGAUAUCUGUAGAAUUGUAUAUUAUACAUUUAAUAUUGUAAAGAACUUAACGUAUAAUUGUCAUGUAUUUGUGUAUGCACAUUUCUUAUACAGUACUUCAUGCCAUAAACAUUUCUGUAAAGUAAACGAGCAAAAAUAAGCACGUAGGGUGGAACACUCACUGUAUCUCCCAUGUUGUUUGAAAGAGGUGAGAAUUUUUGAUUGUGUCUUCUCCAGCCUUUAGCUCCAUUCAGCUUGAUGUAGCCAUGUCUCACAGAAAGGAAAAAAAAGUCUUUUUAUUUAUUACUUUCAUACAUUGAGUUCCCUUUCAGUCCAGAGUAUCCUUAACUAAUCUGUUCAGGUUCCUGUUUUUCCUGUAUCCACCCUGCCGCCCUGACCAGGGUGAGUGGCACUCGCAGCGGCUCUGGCAGCGCAUCCCCUCCUGUUCUUACCUCAGCCAGGGAGCAAAGGGGACCCCUCCUGGGGACAUCACAGGGGCCCAAUCCUGCCCCUGGUGCUCGGCCAGGCCUGCCCAGCUCCGCAGGGCUCUCUGCCCGCAGGACCGGGCGCUGAGCACCCGUGGGCAGCUCUCACGGGCACCAGGGGGGAUGAUGCUUCUGGACACGUGUAGGACAUUGGAAGUACUUGUGGUUGGUUUUUCCUCAGUUUGGUAUUUACCGUGUUUUUUUUAUGGCUCAAUGAAGCAGCUCCAGUACUUGGGGCAGCUUUGCUGAGGUGGCACUGGAAAGGGUUCCAGGCUGCACCAGCCGAGUUAAAUGUGAAACUCGAGACGGAAAGUUUGAACCAUGACAUCACAGCAUUGACUGCAAAAUAGCACCAAGGCAAGGAAGACAUGUGGAAACAAUCAAUUUCUUAGAAGAAAAAUGCCUUUAAAAAAGAAAAUUGUUAAGUUAGGACAUGUUCUUUUAGUUAGUAACUUCAGGUCACUUAUUUAAAGAUUAUUACAGUUUCAUUUAUAUCUUUUUUACUUAUUUCCCUGUAUUUUUAGGCAGCAAUAUCAACGAAAACUGAUUUGAAUUUUUCCUUCUGGCCUUAAACCAUAGUAACGCAACUUAAUGAAGAACAUUGCUCAGCUUGGCUAAGAGAGGUCUCAGAAUGCCACGGCCACUCCAGCGAGGCCCUGUGUGCAGCCAGCAGAUGUUUCUGCUGCCGAGGCCGAGGAGCUGAGCCUGGUUUUUCGCCUGAUUCGAUUGAACCCAACUGUUGUGAUUCGCUGUUGCCGAGCACUGACCCCGUGGCCCCACGAACACGAGCCCUCCCCAGCACUCUGUGUGCAGGGCUGUCCCAGCCCCGCGCUCCCAGCGCAGGCAGAAAGGGAAGGAGAAUGUUCUGUUGUGCUUAUUGGACUCGUGGCUCCCCAGAAAGCAACUGCUGAGUGCAUCCAUUCUCUGUGCUAAUGGCAUCGAGGUUUGUUGACAAUUUUAUUAGAUGUUUCACAAAGGAUAAGAAUCAGCACAACAAAACAUUGAAGUAUUUGGGUUUUAAUAUUUCUUCGUGGGUAUUCUGUUAAUAUUUUGAUGCAAAAUGUUUUCUGACCAGUGCUGAAGAACUACAAGACAAUGUGAAAUUCAUGUUCGAUAAAUUAAUACUGUAUGUCACUCGA